AUGGUAGUCACUGGGCUAGGCAAAGACUUUGGCAUCAAGUGGCCCAGGUUGGUGGAUGAUAAACUAGCAAAGCGCCCCGUGCUACGAUUCGGUCUCCUCAGUAUUGUCAAUCUUCGAGUUGGUCUCAACCUCUUCACAGCCGAGAGGCGCCAUUAUGGUACGACGGCCAAGACACGCGAACCUGUUUCUUCGUCAAGGGGAAAGUCAACGUCAGCCACCGUUGAGGCCCGUCGACCAAUGCCUUGCAUACACAGAUCUCCCGUCGCUUAUGCCUCCGAACUUAUCGGCACCAAGAACACUCUUGCGGAGGUUUGGUUUACAUCCCACCCGCCCCGAAUGCGUCCGCAUUCCAGCCACAAGCCCGGAACCGCGCGGCCACCGACCGCUGCCGAUGGACCAAUGGAAGCAACCGUGCCGGCCGUCCUGCAUACCGUGGUAUCUUGGACACAUCAGCGACGUAGCAAAGCACCUAGAGCUGGGAGCUUUCAGCUCUCCCAGUGGGCCCCACUGAUCAACAGACCAACCCCAGCCAAGUCCAUGUCACGGUUACUUAGCGUUUAUUCAGGCACUGAAGUGACGUUUCCGACCCGUCCUCUAAUGGUCGGUGCAUAA